CUGGGACACGGCACUGGCGGGAGGCGCGGGCCGGUGGCCGAGGUGAGGGGACUCGGGCGGCGGCAGGAUGGUGAAGCUGACGGCGGAGCUGAUCGAGCAGGCGGCGCAGUACACCAAUGCUGUGCGGGACCGCGAGCUGGACCUUCGCGGAUAUAAAAUUCCUGUCAUUGAAAAUCUAGGUGCUACUUUAGACCAGUUUGAUGCUAUUGAUUUUUCUGACAAUGAGAUCAGGAAACUGGAUGGUUUUCCUUUAUUGAGAAGACUGAAAACAUUAUUAGUGAACAACAACAGAAUUUGCCGAAUAGGUGAGGGACUUGACCAGGCUCUCCCCUGUCUGACAGAGCUCAUCCUCACCAACAACAGUCUAGUGGAACUGGGUGAUCUGGAUCCUUUGGCAUCUCUCAAAUCACUGACAUAUCUAAGCAUCCUAAGAAAUCCUGUAACAAAUAAGAAGCAUUACCGACUUUAUGUCAUCUAUAAAGUUCCACAAGUCAGAGUACUGGACUUUCAGAAAGUGAAACUAAAAGAGCGUCAGGAAGCAGAGAAAAUGUUCAAGGGCAAACGGGGUGCACAGCUUGCAAAGGAUAUUGCCAGGAGAAGCAAAACUUUUAAUCCAGGUGCUGGUUUGCCAGCUGACAAGAAGAAAGGUGGACCAUCUGCAGGGGAUGUGGAAGCCAUCAAGAAUGCCAUCGCAAAUGCAUCGACGUUGGCAGAGGUUGAGAGGCUGAAGGGCUUGCUACAGUCUGGCCAGAUACCUGGCAGAGAGCGCAGAUCAGGACCAAGUGAUGAUGGUGAAGAAGAGAUGGAAGAAGACACAGUCACAAAUGGGUCCUGAGCUCUGUAGCAGAGACUCUAGACAAGUCUUGCUUUUUGAGCAUGGAGUAACAGCCUAUGUUGUGUGAGCAACAGAGAAUCUGUCAGCAUUGCUGAAUGCUCAGAACUACUGCUGAUAAUUUUUUAAUAUGAACCUUGGAAUCUAAAUGCCGGUUUUCUACAAAUGGUAAAAUAAAGGCCACUUUCUGUGCUGCCAAA